GCGGCCGACCCGGUGCUCCCCAUCCCGGUGCUCCCCAUCCCGGUGCUCCCGGUGCUCCUCCUCUCCGGCUCCCCGCCGGCGGCGGGAUGAACGCGCGCAAGGGCGCGCAGGCGGGCGCGGGGUCCCGGGGCCCCUUGGGCGGGGGGGCGCGGUGCCUGGCGCUGUGCCUGGCGCUGUGCCUGGCGCUGUCGGUGGGCUCGCUGGCCUCCUGCCUGCUGCUGAGCGGCCGCGCGUCCGACCUGCAGGCCAGGGUGGCGGCCCUCGAGCGGACCCUGCGGGACCUGCCCGCCCCGCCCCCGGCCGCCCCGGGGGACCCAGCAGACCCCCGAUCCCUGCUCGAUGCGCUGCAGCCCCACCUGGAGCGGCUCCUAAAGGAGAAAUUGGGUGAAAGACUAAGCAAACUUCGGAUGGUGCGGGAAGCUCCCUCUGAAUGCAUCUGUCCUCCAGGGCCCCCAGGGAGGCGUGGAAAACCUGGACGGCGGGGAGAUCCCGGUCCAGCAGGGCACUCAGGACGAGAUGGUUAUCCGGGACCUCUUGGAUUGGAUGGCAAACCUGGGCUGCCAGGGCCGAAAGGAGAAAAGGGAGAACAAGGAGAUUUUGGUCCACGGGGAGAUCAAGGCCACGACGGAGCCACCGGCCCACCCGGCCCUCCAGGACCUCCCGGUGCCAGGGGACCCCCCGGAGAUACGGGAAAAGAUGGUCCCAGGGGACCCCAGGGCCCUGCGGGUUUACAGGGAGAGGCUGGACAAGAUGGAAUGAUGGGGCUGAGAGGACCUCCAGGGCUAACGGGUGAACCUGGUGUUACAGGAACAAAGGGAGACAACGGAACACCCGGUCAGCCAGGUCUUCAGGGGCCCAUCGGACUUAAGGGAGAGCCAGGAAGCGUGGGUCCCAUGGGAGAGAAUGGAGUUGAUGGAUUGCCAGGAGCUAAGGGGGAGCCUGGUGAGAGAGGAGGAGACGGACCCACUGGGGCGAGGGGUCCAGCUGGUGUGAAAGGAGAGCAAGGUGACACUAUAGUUAUCGACUUUGAUGGGAAAAUUUUGAAUGACCUGAAGGGUCCUCCUGGCCCACCUGGUCCUCAAGGAAUCCCUGGAGCAAAGGGUGAGCUUGGAUUACCUGGUCCUCCUGGAGUUGAUGGAGAAAAGGGUCCCAAAGGAUCGAAGGGUGACCAGGGCAGCCCUGGAUUGAUGGGACAGAAAGGAGAAAUCGGAGAGAUGGGCCUAUCCGGUCCUCCGGGAAUCGAUGGACCAAAAGGAGAAAAAGGAGAAUCUGGGGCUUCCAGUCUCCAGGAGAGUCUGGCACAGAUCAUACCUGAACCAGGACCCCCUGGACUUCCUGGACCCCCAGGCCCUAUGGGUCUCCAAGGGAUCCAGGGUCCCAAGGGGCUGGACGGUGCAAAGGGAGAGAAAGGGGAAAGUGGAGAGAGAGGAGGAAAAGGUUUCAUCGGCCUGCCGGGACCAGCUGGGCCUCCGGGACUUAUUGGGCUGCCAGGUACCAAAGGAGAAAAGGGAAAACCAGGAGAACCAGGAUUAGAUGGUUUCCCCGGCCCCCGAGGAGAAAAAGGAGACAAAAGCGAGCGAGGAGAGAAGGGGGAAAGAGGAAUUCCAGGCAGAAAAGGAGCAAAAGGACAGAAAGGAGAGCCAGGGCCACCUGGUUUGGAUCAGCCCUGUCCAGUGGGUGCAGACGGACUGCCCAUCCCAGGAUGCUUGCAUAAGUGAUUCACAAACAUCGAGCAUGAAGCAUGUACAUAUUAUUUGUGAUAUAUUUUGACCUUUUGAAUUUUGUAAAAAAAAAAAAAACAACAGUAAUAUAUUGAUCUUUUUUUACUGGAUGCUGCCAAUAUGGAUUUUUUUUUUAAUAUUAUAAAGCUUCCCAAACUGAGAAGUGAAUCUAUAAUAUUUGGAUUGGAUAACCAGCAAGCUGCCGUGAGUGGAAUGAAUUUGAUUAGCUGCUAAUGCUACUAGGUGUGGACUAACCAGUCAACGGAACAUAUUGAGAAGGGCUCUGCGUUCUCAUAUGCAUGGAGGGAUGUGUUUUCUUGAAACUUGGCCUUCACCCCUUUGCUUUUUGUGCACAACAAGGGUGAAAAACCAUGGCCCAAGGUGAAAAAAAUGAGAAGAGUCUCUCCCUAGAAAUGGAAGAAUUCCGGUGGUGUUUCCAGUUACUGGGGGGAUUUCUCAGUGACCCAGAAAAUCAAGUUAGUUCCUUCCCCAGUGUGUGCCUUCCACAUCAGAGCAAAGGUUUGAGUUGGGCAUCUUGCUGGCACACCAGACUGCCUGUGGAUGCCUGACUCAGAUUGCUAAAGACAGACCCAAACUGAGGUCACCACAGCAAGAAACUUCCAUUUCUGACCACGCACAUGGACUGAAGCGCUUCCGAAAUCAUCCUGGAUUAUUUUUUUUC